CGACAACCGACACAUGUUGCCGAACAGAGAAGUAGGACAGCUUAUCAGAAAACAUCAGAACGUAAAAAGACUGAUUGAGGAUGAAGAUCUAUUUUGCUGGCAGUAUCCGCGGUGGUCGUCAGGAUGCAGAACUCUACUUAAGAAUAAUAGAAAAGCUACAAGCAUAUGGUACCGUUCUGACAGAACAUGUCGGAGCAAAAAAUUUGGAAGAAUCAGGUGAGAAACACUUGUCAGAGAAGGAGAUUUACAACCGAGACAUGGCGUGGCUUCAGGAGUGUGAUGUGUUCGUAGCAGAAGUAACACAGCCAUCACUUGGAGUUGGAUAUGAGAUCGGACGAGCAAUCACAUUAAAUAAGAAGAUACUCUGUUUGUUCAGACUGGAUUCAGGCAAAAGUUUAUCAGCCAUGAUAGCAGGAGCAGAAACUGGCUCAUCCUCAUUUGUCGUGAAAAAUUACAAAGAAGAAGAUGUCACAAAAAUAUUGAGUGAAUUUCUUAAUUAAACCUUAAAAAAUAUUUCACAAAAGGACACUGUAAUGGUGCUUACAGGUUAUCACCAAGGACAUCAAAAAAUUUUGUGCACAUAACCAGAUCGGAUCAGUUCAUUAUGGAAUUGAUCUGAAGGGAUUUUCAUGCCAAGGCAACAAAUUGGAUGCCGGAUCUUCACAAGAGUAAUCUCCCUUGGUCUUUAAACUGAGAAGAUACAUUUUGUUAUUAUCUGGUUCCACACAGUUGUUUUUCUCUCCAGAGUUAUGGCCCUUGGACUUUCAAGCAGCUCUCAGUUAACAUGCUCUUAUUUUCUUGAUACUGGAUACAAAUAUUGAAUUGAAAUGUGAUGUGUGUUUAUAUUACACAUUAUUACCAUUAAAUCAAGCAUUAUGAUAUGUAAUGAUGUAUUUUGAAGUCUGCACUGUAUCACUGAAGUAGGACAAGUUUGCCUGGGUCUAUUUGUUUAUGCUGGAAAAUGAUGCCAAUAGCUAUACUUUUAUGUAAUGUUUGGGGCAUGAAUCCCGAUGGAAUUGAAUGUGGUGCGUAGUUGAGUGAGUGAAUAAAUCAAAUAUGCCCUACUUUCAUAUAACAA